AUGCUGGCCAGCGGCUCCUACGACGAGGCGGUGUUUCUCUGGGACGUGCGGUCGGCCAGCGUGAUGCGGUCGCUGCCGGCGCAUUCGGACCCGGUGGGCGGCAUCGACGUGGUGUGGGACGGGACGCUGGUGGCCUCGUGCGCCACGGACGGGCUGAUUCGCAUCUGGGAUACGGCGACGGGCCAGUGCCUGCGGACGCUGGUGCACGAGGACAACCCGCCGGUGACGGCGGUCAAAUUCUCGCCCAACGGCAAGUACGUGCUGGCGUGGACGCUGGACGACUGCGUGCGGCUGUGGAACUAUGUGGAGGGACGCUGCAUCAAGACCUACCAGGGACACAGCAAUCGGAAAUACAGUCUGUCGGGGGGCUUUGGCGUGUACGGAGCACCGGGCGCACCGCCCGAGGCGUUUGCGGUCAGCGGCAGCGAGGACGGCGCGGUGCUCUGCUGGGACGUGGUGAACAAGAAGAUCCUGCAGCGGAUCGAGGGUCACGCCGGGGUGGUGCUGGGGGUGGACACGGCGUCGCUCGGGGAGCAGCGAUUGAUGGUCAGCUGCGGUAUUGACGGAUUGGUGCGAGUGUACGAAGAACGAGAGGAGGAAGACGAAGGCCAAGAGAAAGACCAAGACAGGGGCGAAGAGCAACAACCAAAUGGCACGGGAGAUGCCUCUGCCGACACAGAGCCUCAGGCCGACAUGGCACCUGAGGCCGACAUGGAACCUGAGGCACCCUCACGCGAGCCUGAGGCCGCUGAGGCGCAACCCAACGGGGUCACGGGCGCAGAACCGCAGGAUACGGAGAUGGGCGAGGCCGACACUCCUGGCGGGUAA